AUGUCUCUCUCUUUCUACGUAAUUUAUCUUCUCAUAUUCUCCCUGAUUUCCACUUGUGUUAUCUGCAACCAGGCGGAGGAUAAUCUUCUACAAGGCCUUAACAGCUACCGAACUGCUCAAAGAGUUCCACCUUUUGUUAAGAACGACAAAGCUGAUUGUGUGGCCGAUGAGAUAGCUGAAAAGCUCGAAGAUCAGCCAUGCACAAACCAUACCACAGCAAGCAUGGUUACUCCCGGUUCAGUUCCUCCACGAUUGUCAAACUACCAAGACAUUCUCUCUGAGUGCAAGGUCGACCCAAACAAUACCCGUGAUGCAUUGAUCUUACCCGUUUGUAUCCCCAACAGGAUCCCUACCUUGGCUUUAACUAACUACACCCAAACUGGCUAUGCUCGCUAUUUAAAUGAUUCAAGGUAUGUCGGGGCUGGUGUUGGGUCGGAGAAAGAGUGGAUGGUGGUUGUGUUGACCACGAACACUCCUGGUGGAAGUUUCGCUAGUGGUGAUGCGACGUCAGUGAGAGCUAUGGCUGGGUUAGGGCUAAUGGGGUUGUUGUUCAGUUGCUUUCUGGUAUUGUGA